GUUUUGAAAAGAAAAUUGAUUUUCAAAUUCAGUUAUCCUUUGAAUUCAUGAAUGAGUUGUGAUUUAAAUAACCAAACAUUUGAUUGAAUUAAUAGUGAAUUUAGAAAUCAAUGUAUUCUUCAAACGAUAAUAAGAAGCACAAGAGGUAUGAGAAGAUCGAGUUCUUAGGAGAGGGACAGUUUGCGACCGUAUAUAAGGCCAGAGACACACAAACCGAUGCCAUCGUUGCCGUCAAAAAGAUAAAGUUGGGCACAAGAGAUGAGGCCAGAGAUGGUAUCAAUAGAACCGCUUUACGCGAAAUAAAACUUCUUCAGGAAUUGUCUCACAGGAAUGUGAUUGGAUUGUUGGAUGUGUUCGGCCAUCGAUCCAAUGUAUCGCUUGUUUUCGAUUUCAUGGACACAGAUCUGGAAGUGAUAAUCAAAGACACGAAUAUAGUGUUAACUCCGGCGCACAUAAAGGCCUAUAUUUUGAUGACAUUAGAAGGACUCGAAUUUCUUCACCUCAAUUGGAUUCUUCAUCGAGAUUUGAAACCAAAUAAUUUACUCAUUGAUGAGAACGGAAUUCUCAAGAUUGGAGAUUUCGGUUUAGCUAAAGCUUUCGGUUCACCGAACAGACAAUACACGCAUCAAGUGGUCACGCGAUGGUAUAGGGCUCCGGAACUGCUGUUCGGUUCGAAAAUGUACGGCACGGGAGUCGACAUGUGGGCCAUCGGCUGUAUAUUAGCCGAACUGCUGUUAAGAAUGCCAUUUUUGGCCGGAAUGAGUGAUUUGGAUCAGUUAAGCAAAAUAACACAAGCAUUGGGAACGCCUACUGAAGCCGUUUGGCCGGGAGUGGAGAGUUUGCCCGAUUACGUGACCUUCAAGUAUCAACCGGGAACUCCUCUCAAAGAGAUCUUCACUGCAGUCAAAGACGAUUUAAUAGAUUUAUUGUCGCAAAUGUUAGCAUUAAAUCCAUUGAAACGCUGUACGUGUAGUCAAGCGUUGCAAACGCCUUAUUUCAGUAACAGUCCGGCGCCCACUCCGGGCCCACAUCUGCCGCGCCCGCAGUCAAACGCAACCCCAUUCGAUGCCGACAUUUAUAAACGUGUGGCCAAUAAACGUAAUAUAAGUGAUAAAACAAUGGCUCCAAUGGCUAAACGUCUUCAUUUCGACAGUUCUGAUGUUUAGUCAUAUUUCCUAUUUAUGCUUCAAAAACACGUUUCAAGUGAUUUCAUAUUUUUAUAAAUUCAUAACUAAUUGUGAGCACUAUUUAGACGCAAAUAUUGUUUGAAUAAAAUGGUUAUACGGUACAA